UCACCAGCGGCGGCCCGGCGAGCGCGCCGCCCGGAUCGGCCCUCUCGUCCCGCACCCGCAGCUGCCCGCGUCCGCGCGUCCUCCCGCACCAUGUCGGUGGCCGGGCUUAAGAAGCAAUUCCACAAAGCCACUCAGAAAGUGAGUGAGAAAGUCGGAGGAGCUGAAGGAACCAAGCUAGAUGAUGACUUCAAGGAGAUGGAGAGGAAAGUGGAUGUCACCAGCAGGGCUGUGAUGGAAAUUAUGACGAAAACAAUUGAAUACCUUCAACCCAAUCCAGCUUCCAGGGCUAAACUCAGCAUGAUCAACACCAUGUCAAAGAUCCGUGGCCAGGAGAAGGGGCCAGGCUAUCCGCAGGCAGAGGCGCUCCUGGCAGAGGCCAUGCUCAAGUUUGGAAGAGAGCUGGGAGAUGAUUGCAACUUUGGUCCAGCCCUUGGAGAGGUAGGAGAAGCCAUGAGGGAGCUCUCAGAGGUGAAAGACUCUUUGGACAUGGAAGUGAAGCAGAAUUUCAUUGACCCGCUUCAGAAUCUUCAUGACAAAGAUCUGAGGGAGAUUCAGCACCAUCUAAAGAAGUUGGAAGGGAGGCGCCUAGACUUUGAUUAUAAGAAGAAACGGCAAGGCAAGAUCCCAGAUGAAGAGCUCCGUCAAGCUCUGGAGAAAUUUGAUGAGUCUAAAGAAAUUGCUGAGUCAAGUAUGUUCAACCUCUUGGAGAUGGAUAUUGAGCAGGUGAGCCAGCUGUCUGCACUUGUGCAAGCCCAGUUGGAAUACCACAAACAGGCAGUGCAGAUCCUGCAGCAGGUCACUGUCAGACUGGAGGAAAGAAUAAGACAAGCUUCAUCUCAGCCUAGAAGAGAAUAUCAGCCUAAGCCACGAAUGAGCCUGGAGUUUUCUACUGGAGACAGUACUCAGCCCAAUGGGGGUCUCUCCCAUACAGGCACACCCAAACCUUCAGGAGUCCCAAUGGAUCAGCCCUGCUGCCGAGCUCUGUAUGACUUUGAGCCUGAAAAUGAAGGGGAGCUGGGUUUCAAGGAGGGCGAUAUCAUCACGCUCACUAAUCAAAUUGAUGAGAACUGGUAUGAAGGAAUGCUUCAUGGCCACUCGGGCUUCUUCCCCAUUAAUUAUGUAGAAAUUCUGGUUGCCCUGCCCCAUUAGGGGGUUAUGCUGGCUGGCUCACCUCCUUUUGACCCAGAUAGUUAAGUUUAACCACUGCUUUGGUAAUGCUGCUUACAAUACAUCUUGAAUGCAGGCCGCAGUGGACCAAGUCAUGGAGCCCACAAGUGUGUGGAUCCCACAGGAAUCAUGGUGAUGGAUGGUAUCUUCUGAGCCCAGUGGGGCAUGGCAUGUGCUUUUAAAACACCAUCUGAGACUAGCCAGUAGUCACAGAACUGCUGUUUACACAGUUCUCAGGAGGCCAUGGUUUCUUGAAAUAUGACCAUGAGCCACAUCACAGAUAAACCAUCCUACCGAAGAUAUUGUCUAUCACCCAGGGGCCAUCUCAAUGCCUCAGGUUCUCCAUUUACGCAGGAGCAAGUUCUUGCUUUCACAUUGUCCUUUCCAAAAUACUAUGUGACUCACAGAAUUGUCAAAGACAAGCCUCCCUCACCAGCAAAUUCUCUUCUGGUCUAAGUGAGUUAUUCUCUUGAUGCCAGCGGUAGAAAAGUAUUGAUUGUGGGUUCAAAGCAUUCUCUUAAAAUGGCCACCUUUGUUCUCCUCACUUUAGCCUGUUCCUGAGGCACAGCUAGUUUUCUUCCCUCCUUGUUGUUACAGCCCUCCAGAGAUUCUCAUUUUAUUUCUGAGUGAGACAGAGAGCAAUCAGCACAUUGUAGAAGGGGCAGAAAAGAGGAAAUUCUCCAUGAGGGAGAAUUGGGAAGAGAUCUGGUUUCCAAGCUUAAAUUCUUACUGUACAGAAGCCAUGUAUAUAUUUAGACUACUUCUGAAGCAUACAGGGAAUGGGGGAACAGCUAUCUUCUCUUCAGUUGUGUUUAUGAAUUAACACAUUUCAUGAAUCCAUUUGGCACAGAGACAUAAGGAGAAAAAAACCACGAGUAACCAUUUUCCCACUAUUUCAGAGGGCAAGAAAAAAUAAAUGUCUCUCUUUUCCACUUUCACCUUGUGUUCCUUGGACAUCAUUUGUGCAUAUUCUGCCCUCAAUGAGGACCAAAUAAAGAUGAUAUUUGUGCUUA